CUGUCCGGCACCUGUUGAGCGGCCAGUCUCUCACACAAACCGAGAAAGCGCAGAAGAACCACUUUUAUGGAAUACAGCACAACUCCAACCCGAGUGGAAGAUGACGUCUUUCACGCACACUUUUAAGCCAGAACACCUCUUUGAUCCCUGGAUUAUUUUAUUAAUCAAUGUAGUUAUUUUUUUUAAAAAACAUGUUUACCCUUUUUGAUCACUUUGCGUUCUGUCUGUUUUUUUAAUCAUUUCUUUUUAAACAAUUUUUUUUAUUACUAUAUAUAUUGACAUUUUGGCAAAGUUUUUCACAUUCCUCCAGGCGAAUUGAUGGUGAAGAUUAUGCGGAUACUAGCGCGCGUCCGAGCGCCGAAGCAGCACCGGUGCCCCUGCUGAUCCCCGAGUCCCCCCAGUCCCCCGGAAGCCUCUGCCGCACCACCACUCCAACUCAUCCAAAUGAUCCCUCCAUCAUUCCUCAUCCUUCUCGCGUGGCUUCUGCAACCAAGUGGCUCAGAGGCUCAGUCAAGUCAUGUCAGCAAAUUUCACCCUCCAGGCGACAAGGAGCAGAACGGGGACCGCCAUUUUGGCCAAUACCGUCCUCUGCUGUUGACUGACAUUGACGUCACAACUGCCCUCAGGCUCGCAUUGCGAAUGUCACGUGACCUAAACCAGAAAACAGGCGUGCAGGAGUCCCAUCAGGAGAAGGUGAUCGCGGUGUCUGGAGAAGGGACGAUCCAUAGCCCGGAUUUCCCUCGCAUUUAUCCCAGGAACAUUGUGAUGGUGUGGAGACUGGUGGCGGCGAGCAACAUGAGGAUUCAGCUUUUCUUUGAUGAGCGGUUCGGCUUGGAAGACCCCGAGGACGGAAUAUGCAAAUACGACUUUGUGGAGCUGGAGGAUCCGAGCGACGGGAGCAUCCUGGGCCGCUGGUGCGGGUCGCAAGCGGCCCCCGCGGCCCACCUCUCCAAAGGCAAUCGGGUCCGCGUACGCUUCGUUUCGGACGAGUACUUCCCAUCCGAGCCGGGCUUUCUCAUCCGCUACGCCAUCCAGCCGGCGAUUCCAGCAGAAGCCGAAUCUCCGGACCUGCAGGAGCUGUCUGCCGCCGUGUCAGGCCUGCGGACGGUGGAAGAGGUGAUGAAAUACUUGGAGCCCGAGCGCUGGCGGCUGGACAUGGACGACUUAUAUAAACCUACGUGGCACGUUCUUGGCAAAUCCUUCAUCCAUAACAAGAAAGUCAGGGGAGGAGCUGACCUCAACCUGCUUUGGGAGGAAGCUCAGCUGUACAGCUGCACGCCACGCAACCUUUCCGUGUCACUGCGUGAGGAGCUCAAGCGGACAGACGCCAUUUUCUGGCCCAGCUGCCUUCUGGUGAGGCGUUGCGGCGGGAACUGCGCCUGCUGUGCAAACCGUUGCUACGACUGCCAGUGCCAGGCCGCCCGCGUCACCAAGAAGUACCACGAGGUUCUGCUGCUGAAGCACCGCAGCGGAGGCCGAGGCCUGCAGAAGUCCAUGACCGACGUGGCCUUGGAGCACCAUGAGGAGUGCACGUGCGUGUGCAAGGACGCCGAUAACGCCAACAAUAGCACACCCGUCGGACACGAUUAACGCCAAAUUGGACAAAGAAAGUAAAACCAAGAUGGGGACGGAUUCAAUCUCCGGAACGUCGUGGAAUAAAUACUGAGACUACAAAUUCCACCCGACUAUCUGGAGUGUUAGAAGACAAUUUGAGAUAAGGACUUGCCUAUUCUUCACCUUUUUGGGGGCUGAUAGUGUCAUGGAAAAUGGGAGCUUCUUUUGUUCAAGUGCUUUUGCUACACUUGCCCCUCCAAAAGUAUUGAAACCCCUUUAUUAUUGCGUACACUGCCUUGAAAUCAGCAUUUUUUUUUAUAUUAAAUAAAAAGUAAAUAAAUGAAAACGCCACGACUGGAGUGGAUAUAAAAAGGUGACACACCCCUGUUCACACAAAUUU